CCUGAGCAUGCGGACUGUAAACAGCUGCACGAGCCACACGAGGGUUUAUUUACACUGGUGUUAGCUGUAAUUAUAAACUACACACAUUUGUAUGAACAUGUACAGUGUGUAGUGUGAUGUAGUUUAGUGUGACCUGUGAACAUGACCGCACUUCUACUUACAUGAAUGGUCCUCUAACUCAAGAUGGAGUUAUUUGAAAACGGGAGGGUGGUAAAAGUUUGUGCCCCAAUGGUGCGCUAUUCCAAGCUGGCCUUCAGGUCUCUAGUCCGGAAGUAUGACUGUGACCUGUGCUUCUCUCCUAUGAUCGUUGCAGCUGAUUUCAUUCGUUCUGCUAAAGCCAGAGACAGUGAGCUGACCACGAACUCCUCUGACCGACCUCUGAUCAUCCAGUUCGCUGCAACAGAAGCUCAGACCCUGGCGACUGCUGCAGGUUUGGUCGCCCCUUUCUCUGAUGGUGUGGAUCUGAACUGUGGCUGUCCUCAGAGGUGGGCCAUGGCCGAGGGCUACGGAGCAUGCUUAAUGAACAAACCCCAGGUAGUGAAGGACAUGGUGAGACACGUCAGGAACCAGGUGGACAAGCCCAAUUACGCCGUGUCCGUUAAGAUAAGAAUUCACAAGGACGUGAGGAAGACCGUGGACCUGUGUCAGAAGGCAGAAGCAGCCGGUGUGUCCUGGAUCACGGUUCACGGGAGGACAUCCGACGAGAGACACCAACCGGUACAUUACGACGUCAUCAGGGUCAUUAAGGAGAGCCUGCGAGUCCCAGUCAUUGCUAACGGAGAUAUUAAAACUCCUGGAGACGUUGAGGCUGUGUGUGAACUGACAGGGGUGGAUGGUAUAUCACCUACAUUUAUGACUUUGCAGUGGACUGCAGUGGCCUUGUUCCUCUAUGUUGAGAUGGGGAUUCUCCUCCUGCUCUGCCUGCCCUUCAUCUCAGCUAAAAGAUGGCAGACCAUCUUCAAUCUAAACAUAUGGAAUCAAGUUUCUUGGUUGUGGAAAAGAGGAUUUCUGGCAAUGAUCAUUAUCCUGAUUGUUCUCUUUCUGGACGCGGUGAGGGAGGUGAGGAAGUACUCAGGAACUCAGAUCAAUAAAGACUCUAAGAUGUACCCUAAUCUGUUUGACCAUGUGCACAUGAAGCUCUUUAGAGCUCAGAGGAACUUGUACAUCUCAGGAGUCGCCCUCCUCCUGUGGCUGGUCAUGCGGAGGUUCAUCACACUGAUCAGUCAACUCGCAGAGGCUGCAAACACCAACUCGGCUCUUCAGGUCCAGAUACAGGAUGCUAACGAGGCUGCCAAAAAAUACAUGGAGGAAUCUGAACAGCUCAAGCAGGCUUUGAACCAUUCUACAGGUGAUGAACAGACAGCACAAGUUAACGAACGGCUGAGAAAACAAGUGUGCCAUCUCACACAGGAGCUCAAGACAUCUGCUGAAGCUCUGAACAGGUCUGAAUCACAAGCAGAAGCUAUUAAAAAGCAAACCGAUGCUUUGGCCAGAGAUUAUGAUCAGUUACUUCAAAGCCAAAACCAACUGCAGCGUCGGGCCGAGACUGAAGAUAAGAAAGAUAUUUGAGCUGAACACCAGGCUCAGAUUCAGAAGCUGUUAUUCAGCAGCAUGGCAGCUUGUCCUUCGUCCCAGGGUGACCCCAGGGCACAGAGGUUCAUCACGGGGGGAAAAGGACCAUGGCUGUUUAUCUCUACAUGAAGAACUGUAUAAUGGACCUGCACUUUUCUCUCUUUAGGUUUUAUCUCGUCUUCAGUAACUGAUUUAUAGACUUAAAUAUACAGUGCUGUGUGAAAUGUUUCGCUGUAAAACUAUGAAAGUGUAAAGAGUAGUGAACAUGAAUACAUGACGGAGUCAGUAAUUGGUGUGAAACUGUUUACAAAUGACUCAGGAACUGGUAAAAGACUAUCAUGUAGAAGCCAAACAAUGGUCCCCACAACAGUACUGUAUGUUAGUCCCUACCGUUAAUCCUGAGAUUAUAUACUGUUAUUGAGCUGUUAGUCCUUUUAUUUUUAUUUUAUUGAGCUGAAGUAUAGUUCACAUUGAUGCUUUCUUUUCUACUUUCUCUCUGUUACUCCUGUAUAACCAAAGCAAUAAAUUUGAGUUUAUUAAAUA